AUGAUCUCACCGACGAGUUCUCCCGCGACGAUCUCAUCGACAAGCACUUCCGCGACGAUCUCAUAUCCGAGUUCUCCAGUGACGACCUUAACGUCAAGCUCUCACCUCACCGACGAGCUCUCCCGCGACGAUCUCACCGACGAGCUCUCCCGCGACGAUCUCACCGACGAGCCCUCCUGCGACGAUCUCAUAUCCGAAUUCUCUAAGAGUUCAGCUAGGCACGUCACCUCACCGACGAGCUCUCCCGUGACAACCGAACUCUCCCAUAACACUCUCAUGAUGAACUACGAAUGGCUUGAUCCCUCUUUGGAGGGUAUGUAG